AUGACAGUAAUCAAAGAGAAAUAUAAAGAACUUGCAAAUAAAAAGAGGUUGGAAAGAGAUUCAAAAUGGAAUUUAGAUUGGAUCACAUCUGAUGAAAAAUUACCAGCUAAAGAAAUAAAAGAUGUCAUAAAUUACAUCGAUUCAAACAAAUUACUAAAUGAGUUGGAAUUGGAGAUUACAAAUAGUACAGCUAUUGAAAUUACUCAAAAUAUCAAGAAUCAAAAAUGGACAAGUUUACAAGUUACUUUAGCAUUUUGUCAUCGAGCAUCUAUAGCUCAUCAAUUAUGCAACAACCUUACCGAAAUUUUCUUUGAUGAAGCAAUUCAAACAGCUAAGAAUUUAGAUCAAUAUCAACUUGAUAAUAACGGUGGAACAAUUGGUCCAUUUCAUGGAUUACCAAUUUCACUAAAAGAUAAUUUUAAUAUUAAAGGACAAUCAACAACUUUAGGUAUGGUUAAUUUUUGUUUCAACCCACCGAAAUUUGAACAAGACUCAGUAUUAGUUUCAUUAUUAAGAGAUCUAGGUGCUGUAUUAUAUGUUAAAACUAACGUACCUGUUGCAAUGAUGAUGCCAGAAACUACAAAUCACAUAUGGGGUACAACAUUAAAUCCAAUGAAUAAAUUAUUAAGUGCUGGUGGAUCAAGUGGUGGUGAAGCUUCAUUAAUUAAGUUAAAAGGAUCUCCACUAGGUAUUGGGUCGGAUAUUGGUGGAUCAAUUAGGAUACCAUCAAGUUUCCAAAAUUUAUAUUCUUUAAAACCUUCAUUUGGUAGAUUUCCCACUUUUGGUUCAAGAUCUGGUUUACCUGGUCUAGAAAGUGUUAAUAGUGUGAAUGGACCAAUAUCUAACAAUUUACGGGAUUUAAAAUUUUAUUGUGAAAGUAUAUUGAAUUCUGAACCUUGGAAUUAUGAUCCAAAAGUAGUUGAAUUACCAUGGAGAAAUGUUGAAUUACCUAAGAAACUAAAUAUUGCUGUUUUAAUAGAUGAUGGACAUAUUAAACCAACUCCACCAAUACGAAGAGGUAUGGAUAUAGUUAUUUCAAAAUUAAAAUCUCAAGGUCAUGAUAUAAUUGAAUGGGAACCAAUAAAUCAUUAUAGAUUAUCUACGUUAAUUACAGAAUUUUUCACAAGUGAUGGAGGUAAACAUGUACUAAAAGAAACAUUAAAAGUAGGAGAACCAUUAUUUCCGUAUAUGGAAAAUUAUGGGAAUUCAAAAAAUAUACAAGUUUCAAAAUUAUGGAAAUUACAAGAUGAAAGAUCAAUACUAGUUAAACAAGUAUUAGAUAAUUGGUUAUCAACAUCUACAAAAACUCAAAAUGGUAAACCAAUAGAUGCAAUUAUAAUGCCAGUAACUCCAUUUGCAGGUAAUCCAAUUGAUAAAUUUUAUAAUUAUGUUGGAUAUACUUCACCUUUUAAUUUAUGUGAUUUUGCCACAGGUACAUUUCCAGUAACUAGAGUUGAUUCUAGUAUAGAUUUACCUGAUGCUCCAAGACAAUAUUAUAACGAAAUUGAUUGCAAAAUUUCUAAUGAUUAUAAUCCUGAAGAAAGUCAUGGUGGUGGUGUUAGUUUACAAUUAAUUUGUAGAAGGUUUCAAGAAGAGAAAGUUUUAGAGAUUUUAGAAGUUUUAAAAAAGUUAAUAGACUAUAAAGAUUAG